AUGAAGAAUAUAAUUAAAAAUAUGUAUGAAGAUAAUUUGAUACGAUACAAAAAUGAAAAUAAUGAAGAAAACAACAGUACAUUUUUUGAGUCAGAAAAUAAUAACGAAGAGAAAAUUGAUAUAGAAAACAAUGAUGACGAAAAUGGUUCUAUAGAUAGUUUUAAAUGUAUUGACAAUUAUUUAACAGCCAUUUUUGAUUUAGAAAAUGGUGAUGACCCUUCUUUAACAAAAGAAAAGGAUAUAAAAGAUAUUGAUAUAAAUGAUAAAUAUAGGAAAACUAUUUUAUGCUUUCAUACAAAAAAUAAUAAUUUAAAUGCUGAAUUAGAAUUAGGUAAUACAUACGAAUAUGAAUCUAUGGAAAAAGAAAAAGAAUACAAUUAUAAUGCUUUAACUAAAACAUUAAGUAUAGAAAACCAUGAUUCUUUAGAUAAAGAAAUGAAUACUAUUAAGGAAAAUAAUUUAAAAUUGAAAAAGGCAAAAACAAAUUUAGAUGGAACAGAACAAAAUUUUUUAGAAAAAGAAGAAAUAUUAAAUAAUUAUUACUCAUUUAAAACAAAAAAUUACAUAAAAAAAAAUGAAGAAAACUUUAAUUUUCCCAAAAAUUAUAGUGAAAAUGCCAUAAAUAAAAGGUGUUAUGAAAUGGUAAAUACAAUUUACGAAGGUAUUGAAGAGAAAAACAAUUUAAGUAAAAUAGAUGAUAAUAUGUUGAAGAAUGUUUUAUCUCCCUUAGAUGAAAAAAACAUAGAGGAAAAUAUUAUAGACAUAAGGAAAAAUUCCGUAAAUAAUGCAAAUAAUGAUAAAAUGGAAGAUGUACUUAUAAAAAAUAAAAAUGAUAUAUUGAAUCAAAAUUUAUCUCAUCUACUUAACUGUGAUAAGGAAUUUAUUUAUAGUUAUUUCAGCAAUCAAUUUGAUACAAAUACUGAAGAAUUUAAGGAAACAUUUAAUAUAGAAAAGAAUGAAAUAUCAGAUAAAACAUCAAAUAUGUAUAACUCAAAUAACAAAUUUCAGGGUUCUUUAAAAGGAAAUAAUAAGGAGCACAAAAAAAUUGAUAAUGAAAGAGCCUUUAACAUUUAUGAGAAAAAUAGAAAUAUGUGUUCUGACUUUUCCUAUCUUGAUGAAGAUGGUAUUAUAAAUCAUAAAUCACACAAAUCAUAUAUAAACAAUGCAAAAGAAAAUGAGGGUAGAAUUUCUUUGGAUUUUGGAAAUUCAGAAUUAUACAAAAAUAAUUCUCAUACUAUCGAACAAUUUCAGGAUAAUUUUAAUAAUGAAAUGAAUCAUAAUAAUUUUUCUCAAAUAAAUAACAAUAAUUAUAAAGGUGGUCAUUUAAAUAAAAAUUUUAUUUUUACUUCAGACACAAAUAAUAAUAAAAAUAUAAUGUGUUAUACUCAAUUAAACCAAAAUGAAGUGUUCACAUCGAAUGUAAACAAUACAAGCUACCCCAAUAUGUCCAAUACUAAUUCUAACGUAAAAAAUAGUACUCAGAAAAAAAAUACUUUAAAUAAUGCAGACUUAAUGGUAAAUCCUUUGAAAUAUAGCUUAAAACUUCGACAAAAAAAAGAUGAAAAGAAAAAUGAAUUUGUGGAGGAAAAUAUGAAUGCUUUAUAUUCUAAAAUUCUUUUUUCGAAAAACCCUAUUUUAAAUAUGAAUAAAAUAUGUUUGAACGAAUCAUAUAAUAAUUACGAAAAAAAUAAUUUUAACUUAAAAAAUAGUGACUCAGAGUUUCAUCAAAGCUUGUUAACAUUUUUAAAUAAUGAAAAUUAUAGUAUUGAUAGUAAUAUUAGAGCAAAUUAUAAUAUGGAUGUGAUACCGGUAGAAAAUAAAAUAUAUAAUAAUAAAAAUGAUGAUAGUAGUGAUUUAUCUUUUCAGAAUAAUUAUGAUGAAUUCUAUAAGCCUACGAAUAGAAAUAGAAACAUUAGAAGGAUCAAUGAUAAUAUAAACUUUCAUGAACUGAAAUCAAAAGAUGUAUUAGAGAAAAAUGAUUUUAGUUUAGAGAAAAACUAUUUGAAAUAUUCACUUAAUUCUCAUCUUGACUCAAAUAUAAAUGAAAACAAUUUUAAAAAAGGUGAUUUAUUUAAUGAAACAUUUAAUAGAGAUGAAAAAAAUAAAGGUAUAAUAUUUGAAAUUUUAAAAAACAAGAUCAAAACUUUAUUAGAAAAUGAAGAUGACCAUUUAUUAAGUGAACACCUUAUAGAUAUCCUAAAUGAUUAUAAUAUGAGAAAAUAUAAUAAUGGUAAUAGUAUGUAUAAUGGUAGUUUUAAAAAUAAUGAGAAAAUUGAUACUUUGAAUAAAAGUAAAAUAAACUAUUCAGAACAUAAUGAUAUAGUAAAUUAUAAUUCUUAUAGUUUAAAUAAGGAAUUUAAAAAAAUAGAAUGUGAUGAAAAUUUUAAUGUACUUCAAAAUAUGAAAAAUGAUGAAAUGAAUAAUAGUAACGAAAAUCAUAUGCCAAACAAAAGUAAACUAUCUUAUGAAAUUAUUAAGGCCAAUAAUUCAAAAGAAAUUAGUAUAAAUAAUAUAUUAUGCGAGAAUAAAUCUAAUAUAUGUAAUACAAAUAAAAGCAUUAAUACUAAUGAUUUAAGCUUGUUCUUAAAUAAUAAUCAUUUAAUGAAUAAGAACAGCAACCAAUACACUAGUAGGAAAAAUAUUAAAAAUAACAAUAUAGAAGAUUACAUAAAUCAUUAUGAUGAAUUUAAUAAAAUGAACGAAUUAGGAAAUUUGUCAUUUUUCAAUUCAUCGUCGUUCAACUCUCAAAAUAACAAUCAAAGAACAAAUUUUGGUACAGAUGGGCAAAUAGUGAGUGAAAAAUAUCAAAUUUUUAACUCUCUUGAAGAAGGCUUUCAAAAUUUAGAAAAAAAUACUUUUAGAAAUAAAAAGAAUUUCAAUUAUAAUUCUAAUAAUGAAAAUUACUUUUCAUAUAAAUUAAAAAAUAUAAAAGAAGAUAAUAAUCUAAAAAAAAAUAAAAAUUUGCUGAGCGGGCAAUUUUACGAUGAAAAAGAAGGUAUAUACCAAAAUGCAAAAGAAACUCAUUAUGAAAAAACAAAAAAUUCUUCAUAUAAAAAAAAUAAAGGUAAUAUUACUGACAAAAAUAGUUCAGAGAAUAAUUAUAUAGAUAAUACAUUUAAAAAUAACGAUGCUAGAUCUAAUUCUACUGGCAUAACCAACCAAGAGAAAGAGAAGGUAUUUGAAUAUUUGCAAAAGUAUUCGAAUUAUGUGAAAUCCAGUAAAGAAUCCACAAUUGAUAAAUUUAAAAGCGAAAAAUAUAAUUCUAUUCCUAAUAAAGUUAAUUACUAUCUCAAAAGUGAAAGUGUAUUAAAUGACAAAUAUAAAAGUGAAAGCAGUUUUAAUAAAAACUCUUAUUUAAGAAAUGGAUCUAAUUGGGGAGAAAAAACAUUUAAUGAAGACGAAAGAAAUAAAUUUUUCAGUUGUAAUAAGGAAUCAAAUUUCCCUAGUAAGAACCAAAAAAAAUUUGAUAAAAUAUGGAGUAGAAAUAACUAUUUAAAAAAAUCAACUAAAACAAACAAUAAUGAGCAAACAAUAGAAGAUAUAAAACAAAAAUUAAAAAGUAAAAAUACUAUACCCAAUUUAAAAUUAAAAAAACAAAGAAUUGAAAUAAAAGUAUUAACACCUGAAGAAAUAAAAUCUUUGUUAACUGAAGAAGAUGAAAGAGACUUAGAAAAAUUACUGCAAUCACUUUAUGAUGACAGAAUAUUACCAUUAUUAUUUAAUUUAAAAGGUAGAGCGGAGGAGUUUCAAUACAAAGAUGUAAUAAAAAAUAACAUAAAAACAGCAUAUAGCCUAUAUCCAGAAAAAUAUUUAGUAAAAAAAAAUAAUUCUGCUGAUGAUUACGUAAUUUAUUUUGUCAAUAAAAAGGUACAAGAUAACUAUUUUCUCUCCAUUAAUAAUUUAAAAGAUGUUUAUGAUCCAUAUAUCUGGAGGGAAUUUGAAAAAUACUUAGAAGAAAUAGCUAAUUCGGAAGACCCAAGUUUAUAUACAUUUUCAGGUGGUAGAUAUGGUAUGGCAAAAGAGUUAAAAAGGAGAAAUCUUCCAUUUUUUAGAGGAUUAUAUUUGGGUGAAUUAUGUCAUAUUGUUCAUAUUAGUACCAAUAAAAAAAUAAUAGCAUACGAAAACAAUUACUUAAAACCAAUUUCUCAGUGUCAUAAAUAUACAAACGCUAAAAUGGGCAUAGUUAACACUCAUGGAACGGAUAUGGAAAAUUAUAUCACUACUAUGGAUGAAUUAAGAUUAUAUUUGAAUGAAUUAUUAAAAUACUACAAAGGGGGAUUCAAUAUAUCUACAUUAAAAAAAAAGUUAAAAAAUAGAUUUAACAAACAAAUUUGUGAAAGUGUUUUUCAUUGCAUAAAAUUGAUAGAAGUCUUGCAACUAGAUGGACUUAAAGAUAUAUGCACAGUAGAUAAAGAAUCCAAAAUUGUAAAAAGUGCUAAAGAUAUUUGGUAA